UCCUGAUCUCUGGGGGUGUGUCUCUGUGUACUGUGGAUGGACAGAGGUAAGUACAACAGUCCUGAUCUCUGGGGGUGUGUCUCUGUGUACUGUGGAUGGACAGAGGUAAGUACAACAGCCCUGAUCUCUGGGGGUGUGUCUCUGUGUACUGUGGAUGGACAGAGGUAAGUACAACAGUCCUGAUCUCUGGGGUGUGUCUCUGUGUACUGUGGAUGGACAGAGGUAAGUACAACAGUCCUGAUCUCUGGGGGUGUGUCUCUGUGUACUGUGGAUGGACAGAGGUAAGUACAACAGUCCUGAUCUCUGGGGGGGUGUCUCUGUGUACUGUGGAUGGACAGAGGUAAGUACAACAGGCCUGAUCUCUGGGGUGUGUCUCUGUGUACUGUGGAUGGACAGAGGUAAGUACAACAGUCCUGAUCUCUGGGGUGUGUCUCUGUGUACUGUGGAUGGACAGAGGUAAGUACAACAGUCCUGAUCUCUGGGGUGUGUCUCUGUGUACUGUGGAUGGACAGAGGUAAGUACAACAGUCCUGAUCUCUGGGGUGUGUCUCUGUGUACUGUGGAUGGACAGAGGUAAGUACAACAGUCCUGAUCUCUGGGGGUGUGUCUCUGUGUACUGUGGAUGGACAGAGGUAAGUACAACAGUCCUGAUCUCUGGGGUGUGUCUCUGUGUACUGUGGAUGGACAGAGGUAAGUACAACAGCCCUGAUCUCUGGGGUGUGUCUCUGUGUACUGUGGAUGGACAGAGGUAAGUACAACAGUCCUGAUCUCUGGGAGUGUGUCUCUGGGUACUGUGGAUGGACAGAGGAUGUCUGGCAGAUUAAAAGUUAUUUAAAACCAUAACUGAAUGUGAAAUAGUUACUUAUGCUGACAACUAGGCCUUCUCUCCCUCUCUUCUUUCUUCCCUGUUUUUUCCUCUCUCCUACUGGCCUGUCUUCCUAUCUCUUCCCCCUGUCUUCCUCUCCUCCUGGCCUCUCUCUCUUCCUAUCUCUUCCUCUCCUCCUGGCCUCUCUCUCUUCCUAUCUCUUCCUCUCCUCCUGGCCUCUCUCUCUUCCUAUCUCUUCCUCUCCUCCUGUCCUCUCUCUUCCUAUCUCUUCCUCUCCUCCUGGCCUCUCUCUCUUCCUAUCUCUUCCUCUCCUCCUGUCCUCUCUCUCUUCCCCCUGUCUUCCUCUCUCCUGGCCUCUCUCUCUUCCUAUCUCUUCCUCUCUCCUGGCCUCUCUCUCUUCCUAUCUCUUCCUCUCCUCCUGUCCUCUCUCUUCCUAUCUCUUCCUCUCCUCCUGGCCUCUCUCUCUUCCUAUCUCUUCCUCUCCUCCUGGCCUCUCUCUCUUCCUAUCUCUUCCUCUCUCCUCCUGUCCUCUCUCUUCCUAUCUCUUCCUCUCCUCCUGGCCUCUCUCUCUUCCUAUCUCUUCCUCUCUCCUGGCCUCUCUCUCUUCCUAUCUCUUCCUCUCUCCUCCUGGCCUCUCUCUCUUCCUAUCUCUUCCUCUCUCCUCCUGGCCUCUCUCUCUUCCUAUCUCUUCCUCUCUCCUGGCCUCUCUCUCUUCCUAUCUCUUCCUCUCUCCUCCUGGCCUCUCUCUCUUCCUAUCUCUUCCUCUCUCCUGGCCUCUCUCUCUUCCUCUCCUCCUGUCCUCUCUCUCUUCCUAUCUCUUCCUCUCCUCCUGGCCUCUCUCUCUUCCUAUCUCUUCCUCCUGUUUUCCUCUCUCCUCCUGUCCUCUCUUUUUUUCCUGUCUUCCCCCUAUCUUCUCCUUUCCCUUUCUUCCCUGUGUUUCCCUGUCUCCUCCCUCCUCUCCCUCCAGACACUCAGUAGGGGACACCAAGCAGCCCUUCUGCCUCCAGUCGUGUGUGAAGCCUCUGGAGUAUGCUGUGGCCAUCCACGAGGCUGGGACAGAGAAGGUACACCGCUAUGUGGGGAUGGAGCCCAGCGGACUCAAGUUCAACAAACUCUACCUGGAUGAGGAAGACAAACCCCACAACCCCAUGGUGAAUGCUGGAGCCAUUGUCAUCAGCUCUCUUAUCAAGCCUGGCUCAAACAAGGCAGAGAAGUUUGACUACGUGAUGGAUUUUAUCAAGAAGAUGGCUGGUCAAGAGUACGUUGGUUUCAGCAAUGCCACGUUCCAGUCUGAAAAAGAAACAGGCGACAGAAAUUUUGCAAUUGGAUACUACCUCAAAGAAAAGAAGUGUUUUCCCCGUGGGGCAGAAAUGAUUGAUGCACUGGACUUCUACUUCCAGCUGUGUUCCAUAGAGGUGACCUGUGAGUCUGGGAGUGUCAUGGCCGCCACGCUGGCCCAUGGGGGCAUCUGCCCAAUCACAGGCGAGCGGGUGCUGAGUGCCGAGGCCGUACGGAAUACCCUGAGUCUCAUGCACUCCUGCGGCAUGUACGACUUCUCUGGGCAGAUGGCCUUCCAUGUGGGCUUGCCUGCUAAGUCUGGGGUGUCUGGAGCAGUUCUGUUGGUGGUCCCCAACGUCAUGGGAGUGAUGUGUUGGUCCCCUCCGUUAGACAAGGUUGGAAACAGUGUCCGGGGAAUACACUUCUGCCAGGAGCUGGUGUCUUCGUUUAACUUCCACAACUAUGACAACCUGAGACACUUUGUCAAGAAGCAGGACCCUAGAAGGCAGGACGGGGAAGAUAGGAACAAGUCUGUGGUGAACUUGAUGUUUGCGGCCUACAGUGGAGAUGUGUCAGCCCUCAGAAGGUUUGCUCUGUCAUCGAUGGACAUGGAGCUGAAAGACUAUGACUCUAGGACAGCGCUACACGUGGCUGCCGCAGAGGGUCAUGUGGAAGUGGUACGGUUCCUAACAGACACCUGCAAAGUGAACCCCUUUGUGAAAGAUAGGUGGAGCAGCAUUCCCCUGGAUGAUGCCCUGCAGUUCGGCCACGGUGCCGUGGUGAAGGUCUUACAGGAGUACCAGGUGGCCUGCCAGGAACAGGACAGACUACCAGUGGCUGAUAUCAUACCCAUCCCCCCCAAACUAGAGACUGUAGAAGGCAUGGUGUGAUCGGGGGUCGUUUGUAUCAAGCUCUCCCAUUAGGAGGGCUGAUCUACCAUCAAUUCUGCAUAAUGAAACAGAUAUUUAUAGACAUUGAGUACCUGAUCCUAGAUCAGCACAACUACCUGAUCCUAGAUCAGCACAACUACCUGAUCCUAGAUCAGCACAACUACCUGAUCCUAGAUCAGCACAACUACUUGAUAAAUCAUUAGGCCCCAAACGGAAGAAAACGUUCUGAAAUAUGGAGGAACUUCAAGUCCAAUAACAAAACAUUCAGUUUAGUUGUCAGUUGCAAAUGUUAGUGUCGGAAGUGGCACUCUAUUUUACAUAGGCCUUUAGUGCAUUCGUUUUGGUUAAUAGUGUGCAUACAGACUAGGGAUGUCAUUAGGGGUACAACCCUACACGUUUUAGAAAAGGUGUCUAGAACCUAAAAGGGUUCUUCAGAUGUCCCUAUUGGAGAACCCUUUGAAGAACCCUUGUUGGUUCCAAGUAGAACUCUUUUGGCGUUCCAUGUAGAACCCUUUGCACAGAGUGUUCUACAAGGCACCCAAACGGGUUCUACUUGGAACAAAACAUUUUUAUACCUGGAACCAAAAAUAACCCUUUUGGAAUGUUUUUUUUCUAUGAGCGUAGUGUUAUUCCUUCCACCAGGACUUGUCUCUCUGAGUCCCUGGGUGUGUCCCAAUAAUAUCUCCUUCCUCCUGAAGUGUACACUUGUUCACUACGUCCCACAAAUCUAAAAGCAUUGGAUUGGUGGAGGCAUGGGCUAGUGGGUGUUUCCACUAUAUUUCUUAUACCAGUCAUUUUCCUUCAAAUCAGUGAAGUGCACACUUUGGGAGGAAGGAGAGAUCUUUGAGACAGACUAUCAUGGUAUCUUGUAUGCAUUAUUUACUCCUAGGCUGGACUUAUAUACAGGAGGACACCUGAGAGUGAGGCUGGACAUAUACAGGAGGACACCUGAGAGUGAGGCUGGACAUAUACAGGAGGACACCUGAGAGUGAGGCUGGACAUAUACAGGAGGACACCUGAGAGUGAGGCUGGACAUAUACAGGAGGACACCUGAGAGUGAGGUUGGACAUAUACAGGAGGACACCUGAGAGUGAGGCUGGACAUAUACAGGAGGACACCUGAGAGUGAGGCUGGACAUAUACAUGAGGACACCUGAGAGUGAGGCUGGACAUAUACAGGAGGACACCUGAGAGUGAGGCUGGACAUAUACAGGAGGAGCCCUGAGAGUGAGGCUGGACAUAUACAGGAGGACACCUGAGAGUGAGGCUGGACAUAUACAGGAGGAGCCCUGAGAGUGAGGCUGGACAUAUACAGGAGGAGCCCUGAGAGUGAAUGUUGGAGAAGUUCAACAUCAUGAGUGGGACGUUCAGUGUUCUAUGACGAAAAAUAUUUGGCGACAUCCUAUUUUUCCUGACUAAAACUAUGCCGAUAACGAGACGAGGUGCCCUCAAAAAUAUAACUAUGACAAAUGUUUUUCUUCAUUUGAGUUGAUGAAAAUGUAACGAGACGUUCAACUGAAACGAAUGGACAUUCAAUUUGACAUGACGCCCCUUUUAAUCUGUUUUGUCCAAUCAGAAGCAUGCACACCUUUGCAGAAUUAUUUAAUGCAAUCCUCUUAUUGGCUGAACACAUCUGUCAUGUGCCCGGGCUACUUGAGUUUAUAGCCCUACCCGUCUUUUCCAACACACACAGCUCCCAGGCGGUCGCUUCAGUCGUCUUUCUUUUGAACUGAUGCGUAGACAGAGAACUUCUAAAUUGUAACUAACCUCUAUUCUGUUAAGAAACAAUAAUGUUCAUAUUGAAGAUUUUUUUCCGGUACGCAAAUAAAAGUCACAGUUACUUUUUUCCCCAAUUGGAAAUACUACUGCUAUAUACUGAAUAUCAGGAAUACAGCAACAAUUCUGUCUUCGUUGGAAAGCUCUGAUUCUCCCCCCUUUUCAAUUGAGUCACUGUUCUUUAACCCCCUGUGACGGUUAUGAUGGGUAGAAAAUCAAAGCUGUUAAUUGGUUAACCUGUAUCCAAGGUUUUGUAGGCUAGUAUGAUUAAUCAUGGCUAUUGUUACUUCCACAAUAGCAAUUUUGCCAGCUACGUUAUAGGAGGGUAUACACACUAUACUAGUAAGCCUAGUUGGACAAGGCUGAAUAUGCACACGAUCAAAGUUAGAAGAAGCCUAAAUAUGAGUUAUUUAGUGGAAAAUGCAUUGGUUAAAUUAUGACUAAAACUACACUAGAAUUAUCCAGUUUUAGUCGACUGAUAGUUUCUAAAAGGAUGAAAUGGCUCAAAUUUGACUAAGACUAAAAGCUAUUUUAGUCCAAAAAAAAAAAAAAAAAAUUGCUGGCAAAAUGAACACUGCUGGUUACCAGUCUGUGUGCCAUCAAGGCAUAACACGUUUGGCACGACCAGGAGUGGACAUGAUAGCACAAACAUAUCUGGGAACCAGGCUAUAUAAACAGGUCGAGUUGCCUUCGUAGUGUGUUUUUCAGCGAGGGGGGCCUUUUUGCUAAUUAAUAACACACAGCUGGCCUGUCAAGAAACAGCUUUGUCGUUCUCGUCUAUGCACUUGGUGUUGAUGUGCAUGCUGCAUCAGAGAGUGCCUUUGGCGUUGCGGUUUACCGGUGAAGAUUGGCACGUUGUUGAUACAGUAGCUGAGGUUGUGCUACAAGGGCGCAACAGACAGACACUUCUAAGACCCAGUAAUAAUGAAGGGGUCCAGAUAUCACGGUGUCUGUUGUUUCAGUAAUAAUGGAGUUCAGAUAUCAUGGUGUCUGUUGUUUCAGUAAUAAUGGAGUUUAGAUAUCACGGUGUCUGUUUCAGUAAUAAUGGGGUUCAGAUAUCAUGGUGUCUGUUGUUUCAGUAAUAAUACUGGGGUUCAGAUAUCAUGGUGUCUGUUGUUUCAGUAAUAAUACUGGGGUUCAGAUAUCAUGGUGUCUGUUGUUUCAGUAAUAAUGGAGUUUAGAUAUCACGGUGUCUGUUGUUUCAGUAAUAAUGGGGUUCAGAUAUCAUGGUGUCUGUUGUUUCAGUAAUAAUGGAGUUCAGAUAUCAUGGUGUCUGUUGUUUCAGUAAUAAUGGGGUUCAGAUAUCAUGGUGUCUGUUGUUUCAGUAAUAAUAAUGGAGUUCAGAUAUCAUGGUGUCUGUUGUUUCAGUAAUAAUGGGGUUCAGAUAUCAUGGUGUCUGUUGUUUCAGUAAUAAUAAUGGGGUUCAGAUAUCAUGGUGUCUGUUGUUUCAGUAAUAAUGGGGUUCAGAUAUCACGGUGUCUGUUGUUUCAGUAAUAAUGGGGUUCAGAUAUCAUGGUGUCUGUUGUUUCAGUAAUAAUAAUGGGGUUCAGAUAUCAUGGUGUCUGUUGUUUCAGUAAUAAUAAUGGGGUUCAGAUAUCAUGGUGUCUGUUGUUUCAGUAAUAAUAAUGGGGUUCAGAUAUCAUGGUGUCUGUUUCAGUAAAAAUAAUGGGUUUCAGAUAUCACAGUGUCUGUUUCAGUAAUAAUGGAGUUCAGAUAUCAUGGUGUCUGUUGUUUCAGUAAUAAUGGGGUUCAGAUAUCACGGUGUCUGUUGUUUCAGUAAUAAUAAUGGUGUUCAGAUAUCACGGUGUCUGUUGUUUCAGUAAUAAUAAUGGUGUUCAGAUAUCACAGUGUCUGUUGUUUCAGUAAUAAUGGGGUUCAGAUAUCAUGGUGUCUGUUGUUUCAGUAAUAAUAAUGGGGUUUAGAUAUCAUGGUGUCUGUUGUUUCAGUAAUAAUAAUGGGGUUCAGAUAUCAUGGUGUCUGUUUCAGUAAAAAUAAUGGGUUUCAGAUAUCACAGUGUCUGUUUCAGUAAUAAUGGAGUUCAGAUAUCAUGGUGUCUGUUGUUUCAGUAAUAAUGGGGUUCAGAUAUCACGGUGUCUGUUGUUUCAGUAAUAAUAAUGGUGUUCAGAUAUCACGGUGUCUGUUGUUUCAGUAAUAAUAAUGGUGUUCAGAUAUCACAGUGUCUGUUGUUUCAGUAAUAAUGGGGUUCAGAUAUCAUGGUGUCUGUUGUUUCAGUAAUAAUAAUGGUGUUCAGAUAUCACAGUGUCUGUUGUUUCAGUAAUAAUGGGGUUCAGAUAUCACAGUGUCUGUUUCAGUAACAAUGGAGUUCAGAUAUCAUGGUGUCUGUUGUUUCAGUAAUAAUGGAGUUCAGAUAUCAUGGUGUCUGUUGUUUCAGUAAUAAUGGAGUUCAGAUAUCAUGGUGUCUGUUGUUUCAGUAAUAAUACUGGGGUUCAGAUAUCAUGGUGUCUGUUGUUUCAGUAAUAAUGGAGUUCAGAUAUCAUGGUGUCUGUUGUUUCAGUAAUAAUGGAGUUCAGAUAUCAUGGUGUCUGUUGUUUCAGUAAUAAUACUGGGGUUCAGAUAUCAUGGUGUCUGUUGUUUCAGUAAUAAUGGAGUUCAGAUAUCAUGGUGUCUGUUGUUUCAGUAAUAAUAAUGGUGUUCAGAUAUCACGGUGUCUGUUGUUUCAGUAAUAAUGGGUUUCAGAUAUCAUGGUGUCUGUUGUUUCAGUAAUAAUGGAGUUCAGAUAUCAUGGUGUCUGUUGUUUCAGUAAUAAUAAUGGGUUUCAGAUAUCAUGGUGUCUGUUGUUUCAGUAAUAAUGGGGUUCAGAUAUCAUGGUGUCUGUUGUUUCAGUAAUAAUGGAGUUCAGAUAUGAUGGUGUCUGUUGUUUCAGUAAUAAUGGGGUUCAGAUAUCAUGGUGUCUGUUGUUUCAGUAAUAAUGGAGUUCAGAUAUCAUGGUGUCUGUUGUUUCAGUAAUAAUGGGGUUCAGAUAUCAUGGUGUCUGUUGUUUCAGUAAUGUCUUUGGCUUCAUUGAGUAUCUGGGGCUCAGUUCCAAAAUCCAAACGAACAUAUAACUUAUUAACAUAUAACUUAGAGUGAAGCAAUGUGUUGGGCAUGCAUUCUAAGUGGUGUGCUAGAAUGGACAUUGGGACGUAGCUGGGUUUUAUUAUAUUCAGUUACUUAAUUAUACAAGUAUGUGCCUUACUUUAUUUACCUUUAUACCUUUUGUAGUUUUUUAAAGAUCAACUGUACGUCCAUGGAUGUUAUACAUGGAUCAAUACAUGUACUUUGUCAACAGAUGUGGAAUGUUGAAACGGAGAUAUGAGAGAAACUGUGACGUACAGCGUGUCUCUGACGUGAAAUCGAGCACAUCUGCAAACAUUGAAUUGGACUUUGUCUAAAUACUGUAUUGCUCAAACGUAAAUAAGAAAGUGUAUUUCCUAAUUGCUGAUUAUUUUUUUGGGGGUAUUCUCUAGCAACACUGUGUGUGUGUGUUUUUAACUUGUUCUUCACCUGAAUUCAUCACCAUUUUUAUGUCAUGGUUAUUUAAAAUGUAUGCAAUAUGAAAGAGAUGAAUUAAACAUUUUAAUGUUUUCACCCCCAUGGGUAAUGUUAUGGAAUUAUAUACAAUGGGAUUUCCAAUGUAGGGAAAAAUAUACUUGUUGACAAUAAAAAUGUGUUUUCAAUAGAU